AUGGGAGUGGCUAGCAAGGCAUGGAGGUAUAGUGGGGGACUUGUGUUGAGCAGUCUGGACUUUUCAAUACCUCAGCAGCAGAACGCAAAGCAGCAGUCACAGAAGCUGCAUUUUUAUAAUUGUUUUCUGGGCUGGAAAUGGCGGCCGACGGUGGCGGUGCCGUGGACGGUGGUGUGCGGACUGAUGCUUUUCGCCGUUGGAUUGAUUUCUCUGUUCACGGGACACGUGGCGUCUGAUCUUGAGUGGUACUCUCAGCGCCUUGUCAAGCGUACUUGGUACUAUAAACUGGGUAGGGGUAGCCGUGCACCAAUUGAUGUAUGGCAAUCAAAGUUUUCAAACUUUUAUUAUGGUUGCAGUGAGAGAGGUCCUCAUUUUGCACCUGCUGUCCGACUCAAUCAACAAAGAACUGGAAUAACUGAUGCUGUAGUUGUUGCUAGGAUACUAAAUGCUACUUUAGUCGUGCCAGAAUUGGAUCACCAUUCAUUCUGGAAGGAUGAAAGUGAUUUUUUCGACAUUUUUGAUGUUCAAUGGUUCAUCUCUUACCUAUCAAAAGAUGUCCCCGUUGUCAAGAAAGUCCCAGAAAAGGUCAUGAAAUCAAUGGAAAAGCCUCCAUAUACCAUGCGUGUUCCAAGAAAAUCAGAUUCUGAAUAUUAUGUUGAGCAAGUGUUGCCCAUUCUUUUGAGGAGACGUGUGGUUCAGUUGACGAAGUUCGAUUACAGACUCUCCAAUGACCUCAAUGAAGAUCUCCAAAAGUUGCGUUGCCGGGUAAAUUAUCACGCUUUAAGAUUUACUAAACCUAUAAGGAACCUGGGUCAAAGGCUUGUGACACGAAUGCGAAAGAUGGCAAAACGUUUCAUUGCAGUUCACUUGAGGUUUGAACCUGACAUGCUGGCAUUUUCUGGGUGUUAUUAUGGUGGAGGAGAUAAAGAAAGAUUUGAAUUGGGCGAGAUAAGGAAGCGGUGGGAGACACUACCUGAAAUAAGUCCUGAGGAAGAGCGAAUGCGGGGGAAGUGCCCACUGACCCCACACGAGGUGGGUUUAUUGCUGCGGGCACUUGGUUUUGAAAAUAACACUUACCUUUAUGUUGCAUCUGGAGAAAUAUAUGGUGGAGAAGAAACGCUGAGGCCCCUCAGAGAGCUCUUUCCAAACUUCUAUACAAAGGAGAUGCUUGCUGGAGAAGAGUUGAAGCCAUUUCUUCCCUUUUCUUCUCGUAUGGCAGCUAUCGACUACAUUGUUUGUGAUGAAAGUGAUGUCUUUGUCACAAAUAAUAAUGGAAACAUGGCGAAAGUCCUAGCUGGUCGAAGGAGGUAUAUGGGACACAAAAGAACCAUCAGACCUAAUGCCAAAAGGCUUAGUGCUCUGUUCACAGCACGAGAUAAAAUGGAUUGGAGUACCUUUGCUAGAAAGAUCAAAUCAUGCCAAAGAGGAUUCAUGGGAGAACCCGAGGAGAUAAAACCAGGAAGAGGUGAAUUUCAUGAAUAUCCAGCCUCGUGCAUCUGCCAAAAACCGCCCAAAUAUUAUGUUGUAAACAAAAAUAAAGGAGACCAGAAAUUCAAAACAGUUUUGAAUGUUUCCGAGGCAGAGUCCAGCAACAAAAUCUUCGGAAAUGAACGCGAAAAGAGUGUACUGAAAUGGAAGAAUAGAACUACUAGCAAUGAACCAGUCUCCAUCACAGAGGACAUUGACCAUGAUGAUUUUUUGUCCGACUAG